AUGGCUACUACCGCGAACGAAAAAACGCCUGCCAUAUCCAAUGUAACAUUGAGCGAUGCCGAUGAAAAAGACGAUAAGGCACCAAAGGAGCAAACGGCUUCACUCGAUGAGCCACAGUAUGAUUUCGACUCGGAGGAGUUCUCCAGCAUAUCAGAUCUCGUUCGAAACGUUGUCAGCUUCGAGGAUGAUCCAACAUUGCCUACUAUAACGUUCAGAUCGGUGCUUCUUGCCUCUGUCUUUUGUAUCAUCGGGAGUGUUGUCUCCCAACUAUCAUAUUUCCGAACAACAAGUGCUGUCUUCCCCGUAUUCUUCGUGAUAUUGGUCUCGCAGCCUCUCGGUCGACUCCUUGCCCGCGUACUUCCAGACUAUAGGGUCCCGUUAGGCCGAUUCUCGUUCACGUUGAACCCGGGACCGUUCUCCAUCAAGGAGCAUGCUAUCAUAGGAAUUGCUGCAAAUUCGGGCAGCCAAGGACAAUGGGCUACGUACCUGCCAACAAAUGCGAGCCUUUUCUAUGGUCUGACGAUGAACCCAGCUGUCUCUCUGUUCUUCGGUUGGGGCGCUUCUUUACUGGGGUUCGCGUUUGCUGCCAUGGUCCGCAUAAUCCUGAUUGAUGACCCAGAGUUCAUCUUCCCACCGUCCCUGCAGCAGGUCACAUUGUAUCGCAGCAUGCAAGGUACUUCGGAGCUGCACUCUGCUCUAGCCAAGAAUAAGAUGAAGAUGUUCUACAUAGUAUCGACGGUGACUUUCGCCUGGCAAUUUCUUCCUGAGUUUGCAUUCCCAAUGGUGGCAGCUCUGGCACCGCUCUGCUGUGUCCAACUCGUUAUAUUUGUCGCCUUUGCUAUAACCACUUGGAUUUUGAUACCCAUCGCAUAUUUUGGCAACAUCUGGGGCUCGCCUACUUAUGAUAUCAUGUCCAACAAACUGUUCACGAAGAACGGAACUUCUUACCCGUUCAAAACUCUGCGUGGGUCUCUCUUGAAACCACUCGAGCGGCAGCCAACAGCCUUCCGCACUGAUCGCCUGAACCGUAUCCAGCAGAGAUAUCCUGAUGUAACCAAAUGGGAAUGUGUUGGAGGACCAGAAGGUAUCAUGUACGCGCUCGUUGGGCCCAAGAAACUGUUCGCAUCUUCGUACUUCAGCCCGGUGCUCUGGGGUUUCCUGGUCGGCGGCGUCGCGCCGGCUCUGAUAUGGUUCCUGCACCAGAGGUUCCCUCGCGCCCGCUUCGACCUCUGGAACACGACGAUUUUCUUCGCGAGCGCGGCUACCUUCCGCGGAAACCUGAGCACCGGCCCCUUCACCACCAUUAUUGUCGGAACGGUCUUCAAUUACUAUCUUUACAGGUAUCGUCAUGUAUGGUGGAACAAGUGGGCGUACAUUAGUGGCGCUGCGCUGGACACUGGAUUCAACCUGAACUUGUUGUUUAUCUUCCUCUUCCUUGGCACCACAGAUGUUGACAACACCGUCGUUGCUUUUCCAUCACCAGUGUACUUUGUUAUACUUGACAGCGACGACGAAACCGACGACUGCAGCCUGCAUUCGGUUUCGCCCAGCGUGACGAGCAUGACUAGCAUAUCGAGAAUCCUCUCCCGGCCGACGGCAAAGCCGUACAGGAACCACCACAUCAUACACUCCGGGGAACAACCGCCGAAUCUCGACAAAGAUGGCAACGUCGCCUUCGAUGAGGGCGAUAUCGAGAACCCGCAGAACUGGUCCUUUGCGCGGCGGACCUACAUCACCCUCUGCGUGGUGCUGCUGGUCGUCAACGCGACCUUCGCCUCGUCCAGCCCGUCGGGCUGCCUCGAGAGUAUCUCCGAGUGGUUCGGGGUCUCGACCGAGGCGGCCUCUUUGACGGUGACGCUGUUCCUGCUGGGCUACUGCGCGGGACCCCUGGUGUUUGCGCCGCUGUCCGAGUUCUACGGUCGGAGGAUCAUCUUCUAUAUAACAUUCCUGGCGUACACCGCCUUCAACUUCCUGUGCGCCUUCGCCCCCAACUUCGGGAGCCUGCUCGUCGGCCGCUUCCUGACCGGCACCUUCGUGAGCGCGCAGCUGUCCAACGCGCCCGGCGUGCUGGCCGACGUGUGGAACCCCAUCGAGCGCGCCAACGCCAUGGCCGGGUUCAGCCUCAUGGUGUGGGCGGGUCCUGCGCUCGGCCCCGUCAUCGGCGGGUUCCUGCAGCUGACCAAGGGCGUCGACGGGUGGAAGUGGAGCUUCUACGUCCUGCUGAUGCUGGCUGGGUUCACGGACAUAAUCCUCUUCACCGUCCCCGAGACGUACGCGCCUGUGCUGCUGCAGAAGAAGGCGAGGCGGAUCAGGGCGGCCAAGAUACCGGGCUACGAGGAUGUCAAGGCGCCCAUCGAGACUACGAACCAGUCCCUGGUGCAGAUAUACAAGAUUGCGCUGACGCGGCCCUGGAUCAUUUUCUUCGAUACCAUCAGCUUCCUGUGUGCGAUAUAUAUGUCGGUCGUGUACCUGCUCCUGUACAUGCUCUUCUCGAUCUACCCUAUCGUCUUCCAACAAAUGCGCGGUUGGAACUCAGGCGUUGGUGAGCUCCCACUCAUCGGCACCGUAGUCGGCGCGGCGAUCGGAGCUCUCAUUGUCAUGAUCGACUCCCGUAGCCAGAGCAAGAAGGUCCAGGGUGGCUUCAAGCCGGGGCCUGAGGAUAGGCUGCGCCUGGCCAUGUACGGCGGUCCCGGAUUCGCCGCGAGCAUGUUCUGGCUGGCAUGGAGCGCAAACUUCAACUAUGUACACUGGAUCGUCCCGACGCUGGCGGGAGUGUUCCUCUCCGCUUCGAUGCUGCUUAUUUUCGUGUCCUUCCUGAACUACCUGGUCGAUGCUUAUAUCAUGUUUGCGGCCUCGGCAAUCGCCGCAAACACAGUCCUGCGGUCCGCAGCAGGCGCGGCCGCGCCGUUGUUCACGAGGCAGAUGUUCACCGCGCUCGGGGUUGGCGGCGGCGGCUCGCUGGUCGGCGGCGUGGGGACCCUGCUGGCUAUCAUCCCAUUCGCGUUCUACAAGUACGGCAGGAAGAUCAGGGAAAGGUCCCGGUUCGCACCCACGGACGUCAAGAAUAAGCACCACCACCAGGAGGAUCAGACUGAUGAGGCUGAGAAGGGGGAGGUGGUCGUGGAUGGUGAGGCGGCUGGUGGGGCGAGUGACAGCCAGAGCACGGAGGCCGAGGGCGGGCGAGGGGGAGACUCUGAGGAGGAAAAGAGAUUUCGAAACUAA